AUGACAGACUCCGGCGCGCCGGAGGCUGCUGAGGCAGCCUCGGAACUUAAGCGCAAGCGAGUAAGUUCUGUUGAAGAUGAAUGGGAAGAGGAACAAACCGACGCGGUGAAUGUCCCAUCGAGGAACCCCUUCAAGGCGGCCCGCGUCGAGUCGGAGGACUCUAAGUUAGCUCGUUCCAAAUAUCUCGACACCAUGGCCGAGGAGUCGGACGAAGAUGCCUCUGCGGUGGCCGCCGCAGAAUCGGAUCCUGAAUCAGACUCCGAAGAGGAGGAGGCGGAGCUUGGCUCCGAGAUCCCCGACGAGAUGAAGGGUUUCAUUGUCGACAAGGUUGACGAGGACGAGGUUUCUGUGGAGUCAGACGUUUCCGACGUGGAAUACGAUCCGGAUGUGUUGGACGACGACGACCUGGCGCUCAUUGCUGAGAAUACUGGCGCCAAGUUCGAGGAGGAUGACGACGACGGUAAUAAGCAACUGCGCCGUCUGAAGAAGGGUUCGGCAGUUUCCAAGCGUCAGGAAGAGUACGACAAUUGGCUGGAAGAUGAAGACCUGGACCAGGGCGACUUGGACCUGUCAGACAUCUGGGCGACCGUCGCUGAGUGUUUCGGCGACGUUGAUCUUGUGGUUCAGAUUCUGAAGAAUGAACGCGUAGUGCAGCCCAGAGAAGACACAGCAGCGUCCGACUACGAGGCAGAGGAUGUGGAGCCUUCAACCCAGGAGAUAACGUUGGAGAGCCUCGCUGACCCGGACGAGUUGGCGAAGGAGUACAUGACUCAGCAGGAUGAGGUCAUCCGUGAGCACGACGAACCGGAACGCCUGUACAUACGAUACAAAAACCGUCCGCGUCACACGGAAGCUCGGGAGAUAAAGGAGGAGGCGCAGUGGAUUGCCCGCCGCCUGAUGAGCGAGUUCUCCGACGAUCUGUCGGCAGAGCGCGUGCGCAAAAUGUACGACCUGGUGUUCCGCGGCACGUUCCCUUCACCUCAGAUGUCGCCUGAGGAGGAUAUUCGUGAGAAAUGUGAGAUGGUUCUGACGUGGCUGCUGAACGACCGUUGGGAGGUGCCUUUUAUUCUGCACCACAAACGCCACUUGAUAUGUCCACCGCUGACGGACGACAUCGUAUGGAGGUUAUACCACCUGGACGCUGAGUGGAUUAAACUGAAAACCAUGGCGGAACGCAUCAAGGAUACUAUAGACCGCAUAGGAUACGAAGAACUGCCAAACGACGUCCUGUAUUACGCCCUCAACUUCAACACGCUGGAGGACCUCCAAGACGUCAACGGCCACAUACGGUAUCACCAUCGCAAGGCGUUAUAUGAAGAGCCUGUCGUUGAAAACCCGCCUCCUGAAAAAACGGUGCAGCCUGCUCUGCCUGCAGAAGAACCUGUUCCCCUUGAGGAUGGGAUCAUGGAAGCUGACCCGGAAGAAGAGGAUGACGUUUUUGGAGAUUUCGCUUUUGGUAGCCACGAACUUGAAACUACCACAGAUCCGCAGCAUUUCAGGUCGCCUAGUUCGGUGCCGAUUUCGCCCAUGUCCGCCAUGUCGUCGCCAAUAGACUUUAUGGAUGACCCAGCGGAGGCCGUCCAUGGCGAUGCCGGCCCUCGAAUAGUGCCAGCUAAGAAGUCGAAUAUCAUCGCCCCAGACUCGCCAUCAGAUGCUGAUCCUUUCGACGAAAUCAAUGAAGAGUUUGGCAGUGGUGACGAUGAGGACCAGGAACUUAGUGACAAUGUAGAUAAGCAGGGUGACGGUGACAAUGGCACCGUUGAUGAUGAAGCAAACCAAACCGAUGAAGAUGACACAGACGACAACGCCAACAAUGGCGAGGCGCUGGACUUGUCCGCCGAUGAGGUGUCGGAUGAUGAUGCGGACAUGGAUGUCGACGGUAACCAGCGGUCUGACCACGCUCCAGCGCGUGGAAAUGACCUUUUGGAUAUGGACGACGCCCACCUCAAGGAUGACUUUGAUGAGGAGGAUGACGUUACAGAGCAUCGCAUAACUGAGAUUGCUGCGUCGAUGAAAUCGCUUGAGGUGCAAGCGACGAAAAAGCGCCCACACACAAAGCAGCGCAGCGUUGACAUGCACCUGAUAGAAACGAUUGAAAAGGGCGGCUUCCACGAGUUGUGGCGCGGUUAUAUCGCCGACGCACGGCAGUUCGCCACGGUUCUCGAGAAAUCGCUAAUACCGGGCUCCACGGAGCUGCGGAUACAGAUGGAGCAGGUACGGGCGCAGUGGAAGGAGCUUGGAGCUUUGGGCAUGCUCGAUGCGCCCUCCAUCAUUGAGGGGAGCGAGGAGCAACAGGUUGAGGACAUGUGUGCCCAAUAUUGUAAACCUCCCUACAGCGGAGGCAAGCGCCUCUACACGGCGCUGGUGAGCUACUACACGAAGAUGUUGGCCAACGACAUCACCAUUCGUCGCAUGCUGCGCGAAUACUAUCGCAAUUACUGCUGCAUUACAUGCACCACCACAACCAAGGGCGAGGCGGAAGUGGAUGUAGCAGACUCAUCGUGGCCCGCGAGGCGGCUGUAUCGGAUGCCGCUGCGCGAGUUCACAACAUACCGGCAGGUACACUACUCGUACCCCACUUCCUCUUCCACACGUGAGGAACGUUACCGUAUUCUGGAAUCCCAUCGCCGCGGCACGGCGUUGGCGGAGAUGUACCUUCAGAUCGUGCAGUUGGAGAAGGAAGGAACAAUCAACUGCACCAUCCACCCAAUAUGUGCGCAAGAGGUGCCCCCGUGGAAGGCUGACGGUUUCAGCGACCGUUUCGCUGAGUGGUACGAGCGUUACAAGGUUGUGACGUACAGCGGCAACCAGCUGGUCAACGAGAGUUACCGCACCCGCAUGGGCGAGCAGAAAUCCAUUUUAGAGAAGGAGGAGAUGCUUUUGAAAGAUGCUGAAGAACGUGAUAAGCAGUGGCGCCGCCACCUGCUGGACCAGCUGGUGAUGGCGUACUGCCCGUCCAAUGUGCCCACCUACAGCAUAUGGCGCCAUAUCCAGAAGGAGAUAUUGAGUCGUCUGAUCAACGUGGAGUUGAUUCCCAAAUUCCGCAUGGAAAUACGUGAGGAGCUGUGGCGCAAUGCGCAGUCAUUUGUCCUGUUACAUUGCCAGCGCAUGCUGCAGUACAAGCUGGACGUAACCCCGUCGCCUAACGAGACGGUGUUGGCGCUGGCAGUGGAAUCGGAAGCGCAGCGCGUAUACGCAAUUGUAGUGAACGAGUUUGGCGACAUGAAGGAUUACAAGAGGCUGGACCGGUUGAUCGCUCACCCGAUACUGCCGCGUAAUGCAAACCCUACCAACCUCCUAUUUAAGGAGGUGAUGGAGGAUAUAGACGUUCUGUGCGAUCUUGUCGCAACAUUCCGCAUUUCGGUGGUAUUGAUUGCGAUGUCUAAUACAGGCGCUGUUACGCUACACAACCGAUUGGAGACGUACAUGAUCCCCAACGUGAAAGCCCCACUGACCAUCAAGAAGCUUGACGUUGAGGUGCCGCGUUUGCGUGUCAGCAUGCUGCCAAGGGCCACCGUGAACGAUUUGUGCCUGUCUAUGGCACGCUGGUAUAUCGACCCUGUUGCUGAGACGCUGAACCUAUGGAGUCAGAACAGCACCAACUUACUUCUUAAGAUGAACCUCCACCCGUUCCAGCACGUCAUCAGCCAGGAGAAGCUCCAGGAGUACCUGGAGUGCACGCUAGUGCAUAUGGUUUGCCAUUUCGGUGUUGAUAUAAACCGUGUGAAGAAUUCCAAGCACUUGGAGUCGACCCUGCAGUUUGUCGCUGGUUUGGGUCCGCGCAAAACCAUGGACGUGUUGCGCUUGCUCAAGAUCGCUGCGAUUGGAACUCGUAGUCAGUUACGCAUGGGUCACGCGUCUAUUCGAGGUUUGGGAGAGCUUGUGUUUUACAACUGCGCCUCCUUCAUCAAGAUUAGCUCCAACGAGGCGAUGGAUAUUUUGGACACCACGCGUUUACACCCCAUUGAGUGUUAUUACACGGCCGAGAAGCUCUGCACAGACUCGCUUGACUACGACCUCGGAGGGGAAGAGGCCAUUCAGGAAAUUUUUAAUAACCCGCAAAAGUUAGACGAUCUGGACUUGGAGGCGUACAGUAGCCUCCUGAUGGAGAAGCGCAACAUGCCGCGCAUGUUGCCGUACUUACUCUUUGUGAAACAUGAGCUACAGUCUCCCUUCCACGAUUACCGUGCUGAUUUGCAGGAAUUGAGCGCCGAGGAAGAGUUUUGCCUCGCGCUACAGAUAGACCAACUCCUUCUGCGCCGCGGCGCCCAUGUUAUGUGCCGCCUCGAGGAGGUAUACGAAAGCAAUAUACGCGCCUGCGUGCUGCCGCUGGAGCUAAAGGCUCACGUGGUGGACUACAGGAACUUCCGUGAUGACGUCUACCGCAUAUCUAAGGAACAAAAUCGCACUAUCCAGCUACGUGGCAUUUGCAUCAGCGCACGUGUGUCUAGCGUGGAAUACACGCCGAACUUCGAAAAUGGGCGAUGCGCAUACCGUGUCGAGGUGACUCUGACCGGCCAGCAGCGGCGGUACCUUCUGCUUGACCUCUUCGACGAAGUGAAGCGCCGGCUGAACCUCCGCGACGAGCAUCUGUCUCCGCUGGUCCACUUUGACGUUAAUUAUUCCAAAAAGCCGAUGCUGAACGAGCAUUCUGAGAAACACAAGAUCCACUACCGCCGUGUGAUUCGUCACCCCAGUUACCGCAUGUGGCCUCUGAACAAGAUCGUCGCCUUCUUGAAGCAACCUGAGAUCGGCAUCGGCGAGUGCUGCAUCUGUCCUAUGAGUGAGUGGGAUCGCUUGAACUUGGUGAUAAAGACCUGCGCCGAGCCGUUCAACUGCGCGACCUUCGUGAUCCACGAACGCAACCAGAGGGUGCCCGGAGAGCUGGGUAAGGAGCUGAUAUUGCUGAACCAGACGUACACGUCCAUCGACCAGAUCAUCGCGCAGUUUUGCGAGACUUUGAAGCUCAACUUGGAGGAAAUCUAUAUGCAUCCCAAGUUCAAGCACUCCACCGAUAUCACCAAGGCGGAGCGCGACCUCAUCCAGGAGAGCGCCAUGCGCCCUGAUGGGAUCGCCUGGGCCAUAUUGCCUCCCUAUCCAAUGCAACACAGAGGCUCACAGGUCAGGUACAACCCCCUGAGGUUCACGCUGCUGGUGAUACCGCCGAGCAUGGAACUUACCCAGGGUCCGCGCAGCCUGCAGGACUCCAUCUAUGUGGACCACCGCAGCUUCAAGCUCUGGACUCACCACGAGAAGUCGCUCGCGUCGCUGAUCCGGUGGUGGAAGCAGAUGUCUUCCUUCGUGGAAGCUAGUGUCGGUGGCAACUGUUCUCAGCAGGUGCUAAUAGACGAGAGUAAUCAACACCCUGUAUGUGGUAUGUCGUCUGCGGCAAUGCCAAUGAUGUAA